UUUCCGCUAUUUCCGCGUCGUUCUCUUCGCUUCCGUUUCUCGCCGACAACGACAACGACACUUGCUCAAGUCGUUGACCAGCCGACUUACUAAGCGGUUUACAACGCUGAACCCGGUCGCUGAAGCAGGACAGAGUACUUCUCUAUCCCAGGCGUCGCCUCGUCUCCAUAUCCAAGACACUUUCCACACCGAAACGCCACCAUGCCUCCAAUUCGGAUUCCCCGCUCCGUGAGGCUCAUUGCUACCGGCAUGACCCCGCUGAACCCUCGCUCAACAGCCGCUAAGGUCUCCCCAAGUAAUCUGAUGCAGCAGGCGCUUAGGUUAGCACUGGAUAACGCUGGACUUGGGCUCAGGGAUUUGAAUGGGCUCAUUGCGGUGCCGUCGCUCGCUGAUACGCACUUCAUGGAGGCGCAUUACCUGGCAACGCAAGUGGGCAUGCUUCCCGGCAAAAGCAAAAUCGUCCGGACUGUGGACACUGGAGGAGCUGGCCCGGUAACAGGGCUGUUAGAAGCGAAGCGCAUGAUCAUGUACGAGGGUGCCGAUUUGGUAGCCGUGGUCGCCGGCGACGCGGUCAAAAACCUCACAGGGGAGGAGUUCUUGAAAAGGGCCGACCAAACCUGUAACCACCCCGCCGCCGAAUUGCCUUCUCCGGUGAUUCCGUCAGGAUACGACAGGAUAGCACAGUACCAGAUGAAGAACUUUGGGAUCACGCGAGAGCAGCUCGCCGCGUCGUCGGCGCUCAUGUCAAUCAUGGCUUCACGGCAUCCUUCUGCACUUACGAGGAAACCGAGGACGAUCGAAGAGAUCUUGUCGGCGAGGCAUGUGGCGCCCGUGACGAGUGUGCUUGAGUGCGCUAGGAGAGCAGAUGGAGGCGCGGCGUUAUUGCUAGCGAGUUCAAACUUCCUCGAGCGCAAGGGGAUAGCGAGGGAUACUGGAGUCGUCGUGAUUGGGGGCGGAGAGGCAUCUGGCCCGCUUUUCCCGCCGAAGAGCAUCGAUGACAUGAACGAGGACAUGUUUUCAUGUGAGGAAGCCGCUGGUGUGGCGUAUGAGGAGGCACAAUUGGGUCCAAGGGAUAUUGACUUCUUUGGACUGUAUGACUGCUUCCCGAUCUGCUUGAUCCGCGCUGUCGAGGCUGUCGGUCUGGCUCCCAAAGGUCACGGCGGUGCCUACGUGGAAGAGAAGUAUCACCAGAUUUUGGAUGGUCUGAAGAGGGAUCCGGAGGGGUUCCACCCACAAGAUGUGUUUCCUGUGAACACGCACGGUGGAUUACUAGCGUUCGGAGCGCCAUGGGAAGUCCCAGCCAUGUACAACAUCAUAGAAGCUUUCGCACAACUCACCAACCGUGCCGGACCUGAGCGACAGAUUCGUAAUGCCCGAAGGGCUCUCGUUUACGGGAACGGAGGGAUUUUCAGCGCAAGUGCUGUGGCAUUGCUUAGCCGCUUAUAAACGGGUCUCGGGACCAAUGUUUUUCGAGAAGUUAGAACUCCGAAUUUACGCGUGAAGGACACGUCGUAUUUGCCAUUUUGACAGGGUCGUGUAAUAGAUCUGGAUAGAUUACAUAAUAGAUUGACAGGCUUGUUUACCUCAUCCUCGUUCUCCGCUCUGGCCAUCUUCCCCAUCUCUCUGUG